AUGAGUUAUUUAGAGCUUCAAUCGGAGUCUAUUACCAGCACGAUUAGUUCAGACACGUUAACAGAAGACAGUAUGGAAUAUGCUGAUAGUAUGAAAAGCGAUAAUUAUGAGUCAGAUAGUUAUAUACAAAAUUCAGAACAAACAU